AUGGAAUUCCUGAGCGACAAAUUCGGCCUCAAGAGCCCCCCGGCGGCGGCGGGCAAAAGCAGCGAUUUCUACCUGGCCUCCGGAGCCCCUUUGGAGCACGUCAUGGAAGCGCUGGAGGGCGGCGAAGCCUUCUACGCCAAAGGCGGCGGCAAAUGCCUGGGCCAGGCUGCCUACGCGCCACACGGCCGGCUGGAGAGGACUUCCCCGGUUAGGGACGGCUCCGUGAAUUUUGGGAUUACGAAAGUUGAGAGUCAACCACUGCACUCUGAGAUGGGCAGACCGCUGGACUCUUGCAGCAACCUCCGAAUGUCUCCUGUGAAAGGGAUUCCGGAGAAAAGAGAAUUGGAUGAACUUGGUGAUAAGUGUGACAGCAAUGUUUCCAGCAGCAAGAAGAGAAGACACAGGACCACUUUUACCAGUUUACAGUUGGAAGAACUGGAGAAAGUGUUCCAGAAGACACAUUACCCCGAUGUUUAUGUCAGAGAGCAGUUGGCUCUGAGAACGGAACUUACUGAAGCUCGAGUUCAGGUCUGGUUCCAAAACCGAAGAGCAAAAUGGAGAAAGAGAGAACGUUAUGGACAAAUCCAACAAGCCAAAAGUCAUUUUGCUGCCACAUAUGAUAUAUCUGUUUUACCACGAACUGAUAGCUACCCCCAGAUUCAGAAUAAUUUGUGGGCAGGAAAUGCAGCUAGCAGUUCGGUGACUUCCUGCAUGCUUCCACGGGAUACUUCCUCUUGUAUGACCCCUUAUUCCCAUUCUCCUCGGACAGAUUCUGGGUACUCUGGCUUUUCAAAUCAUCAGAGCCAGUUCAGCCAUGUUCCCCUUAAUAACUUCUUUACUGACUCUUUACUUUCUGGAACUAAUGGACAUGCAUUUGAAACCAAGCCAGAAUUUGAACGGAGAUCUUCCAGUAUUGCAGUUUUACGAAUGAAAGCCAAGGAACAUACUGCUAAUAUUUCUUGGGCUAUGUAA